UUCAAGAGUGAAGAUUCAAGAAGGAUCAUUUCGUUUGGUUUGACAAAUUUUAGAGAAAUGGGCGGAGGGCAGGCGAUGAAGAGGAUACCACGCAUCAAGUUUCCUGAUAGGCGGGCGAAAGCCUCUGGUACAACAUCCCAUCACCAAGAAACAUCUGAAAACGACAAUCUUGUUCGAAAUUUUUUCUCAAGGUCUCCGUCCAGCACGUCUGUUGGAGGAAAGGCUUCUGAUCAGCCAAAAAGAACUCCCGUGUCUCAGGAGGAGAUUGAAGCUAUCAUGUUGGGUGGCUGUAUCUAAUCCUCCACCGGAGCUUGCCAACGGAGGACAACACUCAAACCUUAACUUAAUGUUUUCUUGAUCAUUCCUCAGUUGGAGAAACUCUUGGAGUCCUUGUUCAGAGAAAACUUGGCAAAUAUGAUGAAUUUCAGGAAUUGAGUAGUCUUUUCUAGGUCACCUUCACAUAAAAAGAGGUUGAAUAUGUGUAGUAGUAUUCUUAAUGACAUCCUUCUUCCAAUGAAUCAAGUUGUUUAACACAAACGUUUGAUUUUAAAUCGUGGUCCUAGUGUAACAUGCUGUGUCUGAAUUUGCUGUUCAUAAUACUAGAUUUUUACUUGGGUUAA